AUAAACAUUAAAAAAAUUUUUUUAAAAACAAAAGAAUACAGUCAUCUUGGUUCCUCGGGCUUCCAGAGCAAAUUACUGUAGACUGGGUAGCCUAUAAAACAACAGACAUUUCUCAAAGUUCUGGAGGCUGGAAGUCCAAAUUAGGGUGCCAGCAUGGUCAGGGGAAGGCCCCCUUCAGGUUGCAGACUUCUUGCUGUGACCUCACGUGGUGGAAAGAGUGAGAAAGCUCUGUGGGAGUCUCUUCUUACAAGGGCACUAAUCCCAUCAUGAGGACUCCAGACUCAUGACCUAAGCACUUCCCAAAGGCCUCACCUCCUAACACCAUCCUACUGGGCAUUAGGAUUUCACCAUAUGAAUGUUGAAAGGACACAAAUCUUCAGAUCGUAGUAAAAAUACUGUGUGAUAGUAUAACACAUACUAUGUGAUAUGCUUUUUUUUUUUUUUUAACUUGGUAAUGUGUGAAGGUCAUCUAGGUAGAGAUCCUUUGUUUCUGUGCUUUUCUAGGACUCCCCCCGCCAGGUAGGAAUCUUUUCCUUUGCCCUCUCCACCCACCUCUGUUUCUCACUCGUGUUGACAGCCUGGUUGUUUGGAGUUAGUCUAAUCGAAUGAGAUAACACUUGGUCCAGCGGCAUCUGACUCUGCGCCCAGUGGUUCUGAGCACUGUCUCCUCUUGAGGCCCACAGAGGAGGGAUGUGAUCUUCCUGUUUUACGGCCCCACAGGCUCCUCUGACUUCCACCUUCCUUGGAAACCUCAAGGGAUCACGCGAUGGCAGCAGCCAGGCUCCUACCACCACCAGCAGGACCCCAACCCCUGUCAUUCCAGGCCAAGGUGACCUUUGAGGAUGUGGCUGUGCUCCUCUCCCAGGAGGAGUGGGACCGCCUGGGCCCUGCUCAGCGGGGCCUCUACCGACACGUGAUGAUGGAGACUUAUGGCAACGUGGUGUCACUGGGACUUCCAGGAUCAAAGCCCAACGUGAUCUGUCAGCUGGAGCGAGGAGAAGAGCCAUGGGUCCUGGAUGGGCAAGGGGCUGAGGAGACUGGGGGCUUGGGCAUUGGCCAUUCAGAUAACUCCAAACGUGACCACAUGGCAGCUUGUAGGCAGCAAGACAGUUCACCCUGUCCAUGGGAAUAUGAAAACAAGGGAGAGAACCAAAAUAGGGACGUGAGUCGGAAGCCAUUUAUUUCAGAGGAAAUAUCGGUGAUCCUGGGGAAAGCACCCAAAGGAUGGAUUGAUCAAAAAAGUUAUGAACCUGAGCAGAGUUUCUGUGUGAGUCCAAGCCCUGUUGGCCCACCUGAAGUUCAGGUCUUGAGCCAGAGUGUGCCUCUCUCUCAGAAUCAGGCUGUUCCUAGUGGGGAGAGACCCUACAAGUGCACCGAGUGUGGGAAAUGCUUUGGUCGGAGCUCCCAUCUCCUCCAGCAUCAGAGAACACACACUGGAGAGAAGCCCUAUGUGUGUGGUGUGUGUGGGAAGGCCUUCAGCCAGAGCUCUGUCCUCAGUAAACAUAGGAGAAUCCACACCGGCGAGAAGCCCUACGAGUGUAACGAAUGUGGAAAGGCCUUUCGAGUGAGCUCAGAUCUUGCUCAGCAUCACAAGAUACACACGGGAGAGAAGCCACAUGAGUGUCUUGAGUGUCGGAAGUCAUUCACUCAGCUCUCGCAUCUUAUUCAGCACCAGCGGAUCCACACGGGAGAAAGACCCUACGUGUGCCCACUGUGUGGGAAGGCGUUCAACCACAGCACCGUCCUGCGCAGCCACCAGCGGGUGCACACGGGGGAGAAGCCACACGAGUGCGCACAGUGCGGCCGUGCCUUCAGUGUGAAGAGGACGCUCCUCCAGCACCAGCGGGUGCACACCGGGGAAAAGCCCUACACCUGCAGUGAGUGCGGCCGGGCCUUCAGCGACCGCUCCGUCCUCAUCCAGCACCACAACGUGCACACUGGGGAGAAGCCCUACGAGUGCGGCGAGUGUGGGAAGGCCUUCAGCCACCGCUCCACACUGAUGAACCACGAGCGCAUCCACACAGAGGAGAAGCCCUACGGGUGCUAUGCGUGCGGGAAGGCCUUUGUGCAGCACUCUCACCUGACCCAGCACCAGCGGGUGCACACCGGGGAGAAGCCCUACGUGUGCGGCGAGUGUGGACACGCCUUCAGCGCCCGCAGGUCUCUGGUCCAGCAUGAGAGGAUCCACACAGGCGAGAGGCCCUUCCGCUGUGCACAGUGUGGCAAGGCCUUCAGCCUAAAAGCAACACUGAUCGUGCACCUGCGGACCCACACUGGGGAGCGGCCCUACGAGUGCAGCCGCUGCGGCAAGGCCUUCAGCCAGUACUCCGUGCUCAUCCAGCACCAGAGGAUCCACACGGGCGAGAGGCCCUAUGAGUGCGGGGAGUGCGGGCGCGCCUUCAACCAGCACGGUCACCUGAUCCAGCACCAGAAGGUGCACAGGAAGCUGUGACCUCCUCUGCCACUAGGAGAACUCCCCUCCCCCGCCCCCCCAGCCCAGGAGAAGGUUCUGGUAGCUCCGUGGGAUGCCAUUGUUUGGUCAUUUAGUGUCACAAGUAACUCCAAAGAGAAGCACUGAGCAUGUUCCUAUGGAAGAAUGACAGAGCAUGCCUGUUUUGUUUUUCUCCACAUCUUGAAGUUAUAUUGAAGAGUAAAUGACACAACUAUGGUAAAUUUUGGUAAAGACACCCAUAAUUCUUUAACAUUAGAAAGUUUAUUGGAAGAAACUGAAGGAAUUGAAGACAUAAGGAUUACUAUCACAAUGAAACUUUCUUACAUUCUAAAUAAAGAUUUUGCUUAGAAUAUUACAUGCCUUUCCUAAAAACAGUAACUAUUCUAAUUAUUCCCUCUAAAAUUAGAAUUGGAUUAUGUGCAGUAUUCUGUGAAAACACUAAAGUGUGUGGAUAAAAUGAUAUAAAAAAAGAUUGUCAUCAAGUAUCAUAAUGUAAUAUGGCUAGAAAUGCUAAGUGUGUGGAACCACUUGUUUUGUAUGAAAAAAAGAAAAAGUCUAAAUAUUAGUGAGAAAACACUUCAUCUGGUGUUUGAACUUUAUUCAAGAUGAGAAGGGAUGUCCUAACUUUUUAGUGAAAAUUCAACUCAAAAAUGGAUGUUUGCCUCAAAACCCACCCUUAUGACUUACAGACCUUACGCUCUGGAACUCAUAGGAUGUCUUGGGUCUCUGGACCCCAUGUGGGUAGGAAGGGAGCUUUGCCCUCAGAGCCCAGACCUUAUAGCUGCUACACCAGCUGGGUGCCUCUUUACACAUUGUGGUGUUUCCCAAAAAAGUUUUACUGAAAAGACCGUUCUUUGAUACAUAUUUUUUAUGAUCUAAAAUUUU